UUAAGACUGAGUCACAUAUCACGUUCCGUAUAGAAUUCUUUCUACUUAACAAAUACAAUGCUCCAGAGAUCAAUGCACGUUUCUAAAACUUGUGAAUACUAGAAUUUACCAAGUCUCUUUGUUACAGCAGUUCAGUCCAUGUCUUUCUCAUUGUCAAGCAUCAUUUGUUGAAGAGACACCAUUGUCAUAUUGUAAAUUGUAGGAAUAAGGAUAUUUCUGUCAAUGAUACGCUGAUAAAAUUAGGUCAGCAGCAUACUGACACUUGGAAAAUAUGGGCAGCUAAAAGAUAAGAAAAAAAGGCAAGAAUGCGGAACAAAAGAAACACCAGCGCGAAGGGAUAACAGUGUGGAAUUAUGCGAAUGCAAGGAGUUGGAACAAAAUGUAUGUAUGUAGGAACAAGGUAUGUAGGUAGGAAGUGUAAGAUAGUGAGAAUAAAAAAAAAAGAAUCAUAUCUUGAUAGAGGAGUGAGGCAGAGUUGAUGAGGCGCAGUAGCGGCACAGUCAGUAGAGAGGAGAGAGAGAAUAUUAUCGACAGCUCGCGAAUCCGGAAUAAUCGGCAUGUAUGGGGCGAUGCGCCAUGCGAUUGUGGCGCCGCCGAAGCGGCAAGACGCCAAACCAAAAUAUCUCGGCAUCGCCGCGUCGCACGAACUCUUGGACGGUUCGUCCUUCCGAUCAUCGUGGUUGUCGAAGCUCGACCCGGUCGACAUCCCGCUCGCUUAAUAUGUGAAUUUUCCGCAACGGCGACCUGGCCAACGACAACUGGCCGACGCGGCCACUCCUCCGUGACACAAACAUGGCCACCAACUGCAAAGAUGUCCUAUCUACCACCAGAACAUGAAGACACGCGUUUUACCGUGACCAAGUGAGACGCUCGAUGGUGUGAGUGGAUGUAGGUAUUCACCGGUCAGAGGGAUGAUGUUGGAUGAGCGACGGCAUCUACGAGCGUGGAUGAGGGCAGAGCACCUCUACGAAAGGGAUGUCUGAGAGCGAAGGAGAGCAGGCAGCUCGGUCUGUGGCCUUGGAGCAAGCUUACGUUCACGAGGUCUACGAACAAUGCGCUGAGAAGACUGCCCAGGGUAGGCAUUGGCCACGAAUCUACCAGUUUCUUGAAGAGCUUGAACCAGGAGCCCUGGUCUGUGACAUUGGUUGCGGUAACGGCAAGUACCUGAGCGUCAAUCAGAGUAUAUUUAAGGUCGGCGUCGAUCGAUGUAAACGACUCACUGAUAUCGCCAGGGAGAAGAAGAACGAGGUACUCAUUUGCGACAACUUAGCUCUACCCUUUCGGGAUGAAAGUUUCGAUGCUGUCCUCUCCAUCGCUGUUGUUCAUCACUUCGCUACUACCGAGCGAAGAGUUCAUGCCCUGAAGGAAUUGGCUAGGGUUCUGCGCAUCGGUGGCAGACUCGUCAUCUCGGUCUGGGCCAUGGAACAGAGGCAUAGAAAGUUUGAGUCGCAGGACGUACUCGUUCCGUGGCCCAAAGCAUAUUGCUUGAAUUCUUCGGUCAACGGUACUAGAACUUCCGGCGUUCCUUACUCUGAAGAAACUCUGCACUGUGAUCAACCCUCGAAAAAGGAUUUUCUUAUUUCCAAAAGAACCAGUCAGCGGAAAUGUAGAAGUCGCAGUUAUUGGAUCGAUCCAAUAUUCAGUCCGUCGCCAUCCACAAGCAGUCUGUCCAGUCCUAACGAAACGUGUUAUAGUUUCUUUCGUCGUGCUUUACAGAAACUUGCCGGAGGAAAACGUGCACCUGGAAGCCGUCCUUGGUUCCUGGAGAGUUGGCACAAUGGUAGAGACAGGCCUCACUUAGAACACGAAGACAGCGGCGAUGUUGACGACAUACCGAUCGAACUACGAAGGCUGGAGGACAUCGGUAUGGCUAACAACAAGUUACCCGAUACGUUGAGCGUAAAGUCAAAGAGCCUCGGCGACAUCCUGGAGAUUCAGAGAUUGGACCUGGUGCGGUCCAGGUCGAGUAUUCCUGGGCUGUGUUCAACGCUUACCUCCGAUCUCUUCCUUGAUGAGCACAGCGAGAAUAAUUCCUCACAAGCGAAACCGCGGCUCGUAAAACAGAAAUCCCAUUUCAUAGAGGAUACCUGUCUGGAAAUUCCUAACACUGCCAUUCAAGAACUCCUCAAGGACCUUCCAGACUUUCAAAUCGGUCCCAGGUUUCCGGUAAGACGAGGCAAUGUACAUAAGCAAAGUUCCAUGAAUGAAGAACUCAUGUCCGCGGAUCGUCUGCGGGAAAAGGAACGUGUGCGUCAGAAUAUCACGAAGCAGGCUUCGUUGAACGAGGAACUUAUAUACAAGAGAAAGGCAUUCGAGGCAUUUAAAGAUUCGAUAUAUUCAGGAACAGCCACGAAGAGAUUUCAACUAUUGAAAAGCGAUUUAACCAAUCGUAUAAAACAAACUACCACCGACAAAGUCUCUGGAUUGUCGAUUAGGAAUGGUUUCGUAAAAAUGUUGCAAGGCUGGAAGUCGACAGAGAGUGAGUUUCCACCUCAGCCCGUGAAUGUAGUAAACAUACCGAAGAAGGAAUCCGAUCCGAUUGAGAGGAGAUUGAGCCGAGAAGAUGGCUCUGAUUCAUCGAAAGACAGCAGUUUGCAAAGUGACACAAGUGUCGACUCUGAGGACAGUUUCGCUUCAGUUAUUUAUGUACCGAAGCCUGAGCAGGUCGAGAGUUCCACCAGACAGCUGGCAACAACUUCAGCACCACCAUCACCUAGGAUUAAACAUCCUCCUGACUUGACAUCAUCUAGAUUAAAAAUGAUCCCCAUGUCGCCGUUGUUGAAGCAAUUUUCUGCUGGUAGCAAAUCAUUGCCUCCUCCAAGUCCUCCGGGACUUUCUCCAAGGACUCUAGGACCCACACCAAGAGCAUUUUUCGGUGGCUUUAGUAACGGACCGUUUAAGAGUUUGAUCAGCACCGAGAAAAAUUCUGCAGAUCUGAAGAAGGAGGAGUCCAAGAAAAAUUCCGAAGUAGAGAUUAAGAAAGAGGAGGUGAAACCACCAGCCCCUGUGAAAGUGGAUAAGCCUCUUCAGGAUGAAGACGAGAAUCGCAAAGUUCGACUCAAUCAGAUCAAGGAAUUACUCAAACAAAAACCGGGAUUUGCUACAAGGUGUACGAAAACGGCAUUUCCCUUGGUCAGGAGAGCUUCUACCGCUACUACUGGAAGAUUGGAAACAGUUACAAGACCUUUACCUAGGUUAUUAUCAUUGGAAUUAUUCAAUCCAGAGACCGACGACUUGGACAGCGAUUCUUCCGGGGUUUCUUCGCCAGAGUCCGUUGGUUCCGUCAUUAGCGUCAUUUCCGACGAAAGAUUUACAGUUAAGGUUAAAGCAACAGUAGAGAAUUCCACGGUGGAGAGUGUGACAGAAUCGAAGGAAAAAACUUCGGUUGAGAAAAUCGAAACUGAGGAGGAUAGAGCCUAUGAUUUAUUAUCAAACACUAGUCCAACGAAUAUAUCGACGGAGACGUCUUCGCAGUCAAUUCGUUUACUGGAGGCUGCUGCGCAUGUGGCGAAUUCUAUCGAGGAUGCCGUGGAAACUGCUAUUAAGUUAAAUAUGCAAGUUGAACCAACAACGCAGAGGUCCAAGGAACGUCGGGACUCUUUGAAGACAUCCUGCGACGACCUCCAGGAGCUGUUAGAUACGAAGGACGUGGGAAAAUCCUGGAAUGAAGAGUGCAGACAGCAUUUAAUAGACUUCACUGAGAAACUUAGUGAGAAUCUGAUCAAUGAUAUUGAUCGGUACUGUCAAUCGAGCAAGCUGGACUUGGCCGACACGAAGAAUCCUGACGUGGAUGCGCAGGGCGUAGCAUUGAGAACUAAGGUAAAAGCAAGUAAGACGAGAAAAUAUAGUGAAUUGGCAGACACCAUUGCCUGGCUUAAGAGCUCAGGCAUUGAGGAUAAAGAGGCUAAGGAUCUUCUUCGACAGAGUCAAGAGAACAUACUCGACUUUGUCCUUGUGUCCGAUAGUGGAGAAUUUGUCCAGGAACAGUCGCGCAAAGAUCGACCUUUGCUUGGCUUCUGUAAUUCCGUAGAAUCUAGCGAUGUGGGCGACUCCGCUGAGAAUACAACGAGUAUCAGCGAGGAAUCUGGUUCAAUACUGAUGACCAAGCUCGGAAGUACCGGAUCCCUCCAGCAGCCUAGUCAACCUCCGGAAGAGAAUCCACGAUGUACAGAAAAUUUCAAUGAAUGUAGUAUGAGCGCUUCAUCGAGUCAAGAAUCGUUACCUUCGGAUCAGAACGGCGGUGGCGCCAUUACUUAUCAUCAGUACUACCACGUGUUCCGGGAAGGUGAACUGGAUCAGCUAAUCGAGAAAUACGUGGAAAACUUGCACGUCAUAUCAUCGUAUUACGACCAUGCAAGCUGGUGCAUUGUCGCCGAGAAGGUCCAAGUGUGGACUAUUUGACUGGUGGAUAUGACUUAUUAUAGAGAAUUCCUCAUCGACACGUCCGGUCCCUUUUGCUCUUUCUUGGUGCACAAUGAGUGAGCCCAUCGUGACAGUUUUCAUAAAAAAUGUAUCCAAAUUAUUUGCAAGUCCAUGCUAAGCCCUGUGUACCAUCAGUAGGAGAUACACAGUGGAUUUUCUUGAUUCGGGGAUGCCUAAAUUGAAGCUUUGCCUAAUUUAAAGAGAAAGAAAGUAUUUAAUAUACGUAUGUUUGUUUUUAAGAAUAUAUUAUCCAGCCGCAACGCAGGAGCACUGUAUCCAGAAAACCUGUCGAUGAGGUCUAACUGACAAUGAGCCAUAUCGAAGUUCCUAACAAGGGUGAUCCUUGAUCGAUUCGAUGAUUCCCUUCGACAUGGACCUUCCGCGUGGCUCUCAUUUAAUUAUAUAGCGUACGCAGCUCCAGGCUUGUAUAUAUUGUAUGAUAUACUACGGGUUAUCCGGGUAAGCGCACAGAGUACCGGGGUACUCGGGUUUGUAUCACACACAACACCGAUAGCCUAGGAAUUUGUAUUUGACAAUGCCGGAUUCUAGCUUGACCAAUCCUAACAUUUAAUCAUUUCACGGUUAGCCGAUUAGUUUGUAUAUUCAUCGAUCGUCCAUUUACUUUGUGUAUACACUUACACACAUAAAGAAUUACUGUAUAAACGGGGGAGAGUCCUUCGACCCGAUUUUGGUUCGACCAAAUCUCUACCAUUUAUAUAAUUUCAUUAUACUUUCACGAUAUCGAAAUAUUUAUUUACACUGUAGGAUCGAUCCUUGACCAAAGAGAGUUAGGAUGAGCGAAAGAAAGUGGGUAAGUAGAAUAUACUAGGUAGCUAUUUUAUCGUGAUAUUUUUUUUUUGCGUUCAUUUAUAGUAACAGAGUAUUAUAGGAAUUUAUGACCAAAAAGUGCUGUAGACUCGCUUUUCAUAUCAGUCUCUUCAUUGUCUAAAUAUUUCUUCAUCUGUUUCCUCUUUUAUAUCUUUACUAUUAUCAUUAAUUUAUUCAUUUGCCUCAUUAUCGCAUUUGCACGAGUCGUGCUCGAAUACUUAUGAUGAUAUAAAAUAACGCAAACUCCCUUGUAAAUAUAAAUAGCGAGCGAUUCCCAUUUAAAGACUUCAAGCGAGUUUUUCGAGAUUAUUCGGUAAUUAAUGUUGUUUUACGUAACGUCUAUCUUUGUGAUAGUAUAUUAAAGAAAAAUGGGAGUGAUGAAAAUCGCCUCUGGGAAUUUAUGAUGGUACCGGAAGUUGUCGAGACCAACGUGAUCGAGAGGAAAUAUAGAAACCGAAAGGAAGCAAAUGGAAAAUAUGAAUAAAAAGACGAGGCAAGCAUAUGAGUACCUAUAAAAAAAAGUAAAUUAAAAUAUCAAAAAAAAAGGUCUUUAUAUUCGAGCCGAGGGUUUAAAUAAUUCAAUAUUUGACGAAGCUCAAUGUUGUACAACUUUCUACUAAUUACCCACUAAUAAUAAUUAACCAUUACCGCAAAUUGAAUUCAGGAAAAGAAAGAUCAGUUCGUGGGGAGCGAAAUUGAAGGAAUCAUUAAAAGGAUUGUAAUAUCGUAAACAAUUUUGUUAGCGUGCUAAGCGGAAGCAGUGAAUAAAGUAUUGAAAAAUCGUUUAAGCCCAAAUGCCGACUCGCCUUAUAUUCCAAAUUCAUUAUAAAGAACAGUUAUCGAUACUCAUAUAUAUAGCACACAUAUGUAUAUAGAUGGUCACACGCGACAACUCGCCGGAAGGAUCGUAAACAAUUGUUUGCUUAUUUAUUGUCUAUUGAUAUUAAUAGGCAAUGAGGACUCAGAGAGGCAGUCAACGAAUUGUCAGGGUAUACACUUAUUUAUUUAUAGUAGAAAUUAUCAUCUUACAAAUACGUUCCUCUUUGCGAUAGGUAAUAAUUCUUUCGUAACUUGGAGUUGUUCUCAAGUAAUAAAGUUUUAAUAAGUUCUGUUUUAAGGCUGCGCGAUCUUGUUACGCUCAUUUCAGCAUGCGUCUGGUUGUUCGAAACUGUUUAAAGAUAUUGACAAUAUGUAUACAUAAACAAGGGUUUGUGAGAGAGAUGAAACCAAAAAAAAAAAGAAAAUCCCACGGAAUAAAUUUUUGUAUAAAGUUCUCUCA